UUCAGUUGACAUUUUGUUGACGAUUGACGAACAACCAACAUUUUUUCCAUUCGUGAUUGAUUUCAAAAAAAUGCGGAAAAAUCAUUCUUUCCAUUAGUUAAUAAAUGAAUCGUUUUUCAUUUAUCUUCAAGUGCUCAGAAACAUUUGAUCGGCUGCAAUCGGUGUGCUAAUGAUACAGUAGUGAAUAAUUUUCGUGUAUUCGCGCGUGUGAAGAAAAGAUUUCCCCUAUCCCAACGAUGGCUGUAGUGAUUGAAACGACCAUAGGCGACAUCACGGUAGACCUGUAUCUGACGGAACGUCCCCGUGCGGCCUUGAACUUCCUGAAGUUAUGCAAGCUGAAAUGCUACAAUUUCAAUCUGUUUCACACAAUCCAGCAUGGUUUUAUCGCCCAGACGGGCGAUCCCGGCGGUUCCGGCGAAGGAGGCUCCUCAAUCUGGGGAGUCAUAGAAGGGAAGCACAAAAGGUACUUUGAAGGUGAAACCGUGCCAAAAAUUAAGCAUGGUGAACCGGGACUGUUGUCGAUGGUGUGUGCAGGGGAAGGUUUGAUUGGGUCGCAGUUUUUCUUCACAUUGGGGCCAGAUUUGGCCUCGCUGGACGGUGGAGGCCACGUAGUGAUUGGUGAAGUCACCGAAGGCCACGAAGUGUUGAGGAAGCUGAACGAGGCGAUUUGCGACGAGAAGCAUCGUCCGUAUAAGGACAUUAGGAUAACGCACACGGUCGUACUGGAGGAUCCGUUCGAUGAUCCUAGAGGGUUCCGUGAGCCGAGUAGAUCACCUUCGCCGUCGGCGGAACGGCUUGUCGGAGGAAGGAUCGCAGCCGACGAGGAUAUCGAUGAUACAGAAGGUAAAACGACGGAAGAAAUCGCCGAAAUGCUUGCCGAAAAGGAAGCUAUGGCGCGGGCGACGAUUCUGGAAAUUGUAGGGGACAUCCCGGAUGCGGACAUCGCACCUCCAGAGAACGUUUUGUUUGUCUGCAAGCUGAAUCCGGUAACGACGGACGAUGAUUUGCAAAUUAUUUUUAGUCGGUUCGGGAAAAUCAAAGGAUGUGAGGUGAUUCGAGAUAAAGUUUCCGGUGAUUCGCUGCAGUAUGCGUUUAUUGAAUUCGAGAACAAGAAAUCCUGCGAAGAUGCCUAUUUUAAAAUGGAUAACGUAUUGAUUGAUGAUCGCCGCAUUCACGUAGACUUUUCCCAAUCGGUUGCAAAAGUGCGUUGGCGCGGUAAAGGAAAAGGAAUCGAGUAUAUGGAUGGAAAGGAUGCCAAGUCGUUCAAGGAUAUUGAUUACAAGGACAACAGAAAAGGCCGGAAGAGGGCUCCAAGUCGGUUGAGAAAAUCAUCGAGUUCGGGAUCGUCCGGCAAAUCACGAUCACGAUCUAAAUCGCAGUCCCAUAGUCCAAGGCGUAGACGUAGUCCACCCGGUCGCCAAACCGGCGGUGGUGGUCGUAGAGGACGUUCACCAUGGCGUAAAUCUGGUGGUGGAGGUGGGAGUGGCCGUCGUUCUAGAGACAAAAGAAUUCAAUUGUCGGAGAGUAAUUCCGCUUACCAUGAGGAACGUAACGGACGGGACAUCCGAGUCGUUCAAGGAAAACUCGACUACAAGAAUCGUCCCUAUCCGACAAGUUUUAUAAAACGAAACAGAGGUGGUCGUGGAGGCGGUGGAGGAGGCCGUCGAUCACGGUCGCCUAUUCGUAAUCGUCAGCAACGUCGAUCGCGUUCUCGAGAACGUCGUCGGUCUUCCCGUUCUCGCAGUCUCAGUUACCGCCGGAAAUCUAAUUCAGGGGAUCGCCACCCGCGUCGCGAUCGGAGUCCAGAAACCGAACGGCGAUCUUGGAGGAGUCGUUCCCCACAACGUCGUAGAUCACGCUCGCCGGAACGCAGCCGAAAUCGUCGCGACUCGAGUCCACAGGCUCGCCAGUAUCCGUCUCUUUCCAAAGCCAAAGCAGCAUCUUCGAGUGAUAAGAAUAGGAAAGACAAGGACAAGAAGCAUUACUCGGAAGAUUCCUCCGCUGACUCGAGACCAUCCUCCGUUGAUCGUUCCAAGAAGAAAAAUAAGAAGAAGGCUUCAAGCAAGAAAAAAUCCAAGAAAAGCAAAAAAUAUUCAUCGAACAGCGACAGCAGUGAUUCGGACUCCAGCGACGACGAAAGAAGGAAGAAGAAGAAAAGCAAGAGCAAGAAAAAGAAGAAGUAAUUUCAAUGCAAAAGGGGAAAUAGUUGUCAGUCAAUAUGUAAAGGUUUGAACGAAUAGUUUUAAGAGGGCAUGAGGACUUUUAACCGUACAAACAGGUUAUAAAUUAAGCCUUUUCAUGGAUAACCUUUUAUUGUUUGAAUAUUUGAUGUAAUGAAGAGAUAUUGUGCAAAAUAA